AUGGAAUACAACAUCCUGAUCACUGGUGUUUCCGGUUAUCUCGGAGGAACAUUGUUGAAUCGGCUAAAGAAUGCACCCCUCCCAAAAUACCACAAGUUAUUCGCGCUUAUACGGAAUCCCGACCAAGCCCACGCAGUCAAGCAAUAUGCUGCUGAGCCCUUGGUGUUCGACAUCCAUGAUUACGAAAGUGUACUAGACAAUAUUCAGAAGUAUAAAAUCAAUGUCGUAUUCUCUUUGGUCGAUGCAUACAGCUCUACAUGUCAAGAGCACUUUAUAAGAGCGCUGAGCGAACUGAAGAAAAAGACCGGGCAGGUGGUGCACUUUCUGCAUACCAGUGGAGCCAAGGCUUUUUCUGAUCAUGCGGGUGCUCCCGUUGAUAGGACCAUUCUUGAUACUGAGCAUAGUCUGCUUGAACUGCAGAAGUCGCAACACACCGAUCUCCCCGCAUUACAACAGCUUGUGGGUGCCAACACGAAGAUUGUUGAGCUGAGCGAAAGUCUGGGUGUUAGAAGCUAUAUCUUCUGCCCUUGUAUGGUCUAUGGCAAAGGUGAAGGAUUCGGCAACCAGGUCUCUAUUCAGACUGUUGCUAUAGUUAGUACUGCUAGGGCUACGGGACACGUCCGCAACCUCAACGAGUCCCAACAGGCGGAGGGCUUCUAUCUCGCAUCCAGCGGCCGGGUUGCCUGGAAGGAUGUUUACGCAUCCAUCGGGGCUGCUUUGUUCAAACGAGGUCUGAUAAAAGAUAGUGCUGUCCACCCCGCCGAUGAGAAGGUGCUUGCCGCAAUGGCCGAGACACUCAAGUCGUCAACGGAUAUGGUGGCUCCUCAAUUGAGUGGAGAGUGCACGUUUACGGCCAAGCAUGGUUAUGAAAUCGGAUGGAAGCCUUUGUUCCCGCCGGACCAUAUUUUCGAAGUCAUGGACGAAGAAGUUAAUCUUAUUCUUUCGAGCAACGCAGAUAAAUCCGAAAGGACACAGAGAAAUGGUGCUUUCUAA